GCAGCGCUCAGUAAAGUGAAUGUGAAUCCCUACGCAACUCAAAACACGUGUGAAGCCACGCUGGGGGGGGAUUACGCACCGGUGCGCACUGCGCGUCAGCCAGCCUCAAACUGGACAACUCCAAACUUUGAACAGCAGUAAAUAUAGUUUUAGCAGAUAGGAAGUCGAGCAGAUAUAUUCCAUUUAAUCGUUUUUUAAUAGUUCCUAGGUUAACCUGUAUGAACGCGUAGCACGGAGUGGUGGAGAGGGAAAAAAAAAGACUUAGUGCUCUCUCGCCCCGAUUAACGAACAUAAAUGUGUCAUGUCGGAGGAAAAUAACUCAGCGGAGCCAGACAUUCACCCUGAAAGUGAAGAAUGCCCCGGGGGGGAAGAUUCAUUCGGCUUUGGAGAUGAUCUGGAGUUGAAUCAGUUCGACGGCUUGCCCUUUUCCUCGCGUUACUACAAAUUACUAAAAGAGAGGAAGGCUCUGCCUGUGUGGAAGGUCAGGUGCGAGUUUGAGGAUGCUCUGGUAAACAACCAGUUGGUUGUUGUGUGUGGGACGGCGAAGACUGGGAGGAGUACACAGAUCCCACAGUGGUGUGCAGAGUUCUGCUUGUCUGCCCAGUACCAGCAUGGCAUGGUUGUGUGCACGCAGACCAACAGGCAGCAGGCUGUAGACCUGGCCUUGCGUGUGGCUGAUGAAAUGGACGUCAACAUAGGCCAUGAAGUGGGUUACACCAUCCCCCUGGAGACCUGCUGCUCCUCUGACACUGUUCUGAGAUAUUGCACUGAUGAUAUGCUGCUGAGGGAGAUGAUGUCAGACCCUUUUCUGGAGCACUAUGGGGCUAUUAUUAUUGACCAGGCCCAUGAGAGGACAGUUAGCACAGACAUUCUACUAGGUCUCCUCAAGGACAUCCUGCUGCAGAGGCCUGAACUCAGGGUGGUGGUCCUCGCCAUCCCGCCCAUGACUGACAAGCUGCUGAGCCACUACGGCAGCAUCCCGCUCAUCAAUCUGGAGGCCUCGAGUCCUGCUGACGUGGUCCACAGCAACGGUGGCAACAAAGACUACUUCUACUCAGCACUCAGACUGGUGCUGGAGAUCCAUCGAGCCAAAGAGGAUGGAGAUGUUGUAGUGUUCUUUGCCUCAGCUGAGGAGGUCCAAUGUGCCUGGAGCAUCCUCCAGAGAGAGGGCACCAGGCUGGGAGCAGACUUGGGCCAGAUGGUGCCUGUGGUCCUGUACCCAGACCAGGGAGGGUUUCUGCCUUUCCUGACCAAGCAACCAGACUCCAAGAGGUUCAGGAGAGUUUUCCUCUCUACCCAACAGGGGGAGGACAUGUGGUGGGCUACAGAGUCUGUCAACUUUGUCAUUGACACAGGAGUCCAGAAAAAAAUGGUGUACAAUCCAAGGAUAAGAGCUAACUCAGAGGUACUACGACUCAUCAGUCAAUGUCAGGCAGAAAUACGCAAGCAGCUGUCUGGGCCAACAGGGAAGUGUUUUUGCUUGUAUCCAGAGGAGAGCCAGCUUCCUUCAGAGAACCCCCCACAAAUCUUGGAGUCAAACAUUACACCAACAGUCCUUUUCCUAAAAAGGAUGGAGAUAGCUGGGCUUGGACAGUGCGAUUUCCUCGACAGACCAGAUCCUGAGGGUCUCAUGCAGGCAUUAGAGGAGCUGGACUACCUCGCAGCCUUGGAUGACGAUGGCAACUUGUCUGAGAUUGGCAUCAUAAUGUCUGAAAUCCCUCUGGACCCUCAGAUGGCCAAAGCCCUACUAGCAUCCUGCGAGUUUGACUGUGUGAGUGAGAUGUUGACAAUCGCAGCGAUGCUGUCAGCGCCAAGCUGCUUCCUGAAGCCACCUGGUGGAAUGACCCACGAGGCAGUUCAGUGUUACAGGAAGUUUCAGCACCCUGAAGGCGAUCACUUCACCCUCAUAAACAUCUACAAUGCCUUCAAACAAAGCCAGAGAGAACAAUACUUCAGUGCUGAAAAGUGGUGCCAUGACUAUUUCCUGGAUCACACUGCCCUGAAGACAGCUGAGGCUAUUAGAUCUGAGCUGAGUGAUACUUUGAACAGGAUCGAGCUUCCCAUCUCUGAGCCCUCCUUUGGAACCAAGACUAACACCCUCAACAUCAAAAGAGCUCUGCUGGCUGGGUUCUUCAUGCAGAUUGCCCGGGAUGUGGAUGGAUCGGGAAACUACUUCAUUUUGGCGCACAAGCACAUGGCCCAGGUGCACCCGCUCUCCAGCUACGGUGCUCAGUCACAGAAGCUCGGGCUGCCUGAGUGGGUUGUUUUCCACGAGUAUACUCUGUCAGAGAACAACUGCAUGAGAACAGUUUCGGAAAUUUCCCCUCAAGUGUUCAUUCAAAUGGCACCACUUUACUUCUUCUACAAUCUGCCCCCUAGUGAAAGCAAAGACCUACUGCAAGACAUGUUGGAUGUAAACGGAUCCAGAAAAUGUAAAGAUGACAAACAAAAAGCUGACACCAACAGCGGCUCUCUCAGUGACACCACAGACUUAUGACAGAUGUUUGAUUCAGUGAUUUUAAGUCAGAACUGUGAAAAAUCUGGGCCCCAAUCUAGUCACCAAAUCCAUAUAUGCUUGUAAAAUGUUUAUAGUCAGUGUAAACCACAGACUGUAAUAUUUUUAUUAGGCUACACUGCUUAAAAGUUGUUGUCAUCGGUCUCACUGACCUUAUUUGGGAAGGUGAGGGUGUUGUCUAGUGAGCUGACACUGUAAAAAGUAGUUCACAAAUCAUGAACACCUUUAUCAGUUGUGGUCUAAAACAACAUGUGUAGCCUCCACCAACACCAUCUGUAUGGAAACACCAGUAUGUUGACAGCUGUUUAGAAUUUUAGACUUUAACGAGCAGCAGAGGGGCUGCAGAUGGGUGUUGUCUGUUGCUGUACUUUAAAGGGAGCCACACUGCCGUCACAGCUCCUGUGCACAUAACCAGGAAAAUGCAGACUCAAAGAGAUGGUCCAUCACUUUGAUGCAUGUACAAGCUGCAGGAGAAGUCAUUUGUCAUCUUCCUUUCCCUUGUUUCUUAUGCAAAGUUGUCCUUUUCACAGGUGCUGUUCAUUCAGGUUAACGUGGCAUAUAGACGUCUGGUUUUCUGAGACUGAAACAUUAUGGAUGAGCUGACAUGCUUCCAGACCAGGAAAGCAAAUGACUGUCAAGACACAUUUAUUAAUAAUCGGUGUCGAGCUUUAUAGAAAUACUUAAUUUAAAAACCUGUUGGUGGAAUGGCACUCCAAUACAAAAAACCCUCUACAUUUGAUUUAACUGGUUAAAACUGGCUCUCUACCAAGUUAUGCCAUUUAGGAAAAUCUGGAACUGUUAUCAUUUUGAUAAAUCUAUAAAGCUUUACUAUGCACUAAUUUGAUUUAAUGGCAAAUGACACAUCCCUUCCUCUUCCAUCUGCUGAGACUAGAUUUCAAACUCGCCGGUUUCAGCUGCUGUCAUUAACACUAAAGCUUAAUCAUCUUUAAUUGUCAUGGUUCAUUAUCUUGUUAUAAAAAGAAGUCUUUGUUAAAAAAAAAAAAAAGGUGACUUUGCUCUGUACUUCUUUUCAUAUAACCGUUGUAUAUUUCUGUAGCAGAAACAGGAUAUGUGGUGAUUUCCUUUUGCAUUGUUUCUUAAA